AUGAAGGCUCUUUUCUCCCGCUUCAACCGUGGCCUCGCUGCCAAAGACAAGGACAGGGAGCCAGCACAAAAAGACAAAGAAAAGCCUGUCCUCAGCCUGCCCCCGCUCCCCCAAUGGCCUCCAGGCGACACAACCACGACCACCCCUGCCAAUCCCCGCCCUAAUUCAACUCCUAAUUCCAUAUCUUCAUUCAAGCCCCUCCCCGACCUCGCAGCCCGCCCUCUCCCUCCCAUCGAAGAACCAUCCCCGACCGUCUCCUCCUCAGACCGCUCCAUCUCGAAACAGUCCCACAAAUCCCGCUCAGCCGACCCCUCGCGCGAGGACGACGUUCCCACCUCAGGCCGCCCAUCCGCUGCGACGAUGUCGACCAUCACCGGCUCCCAUCUCACCGCCGAGCCCGAGCCCGCACCACCACGCAGCUCCCGCAAGGCAGCCAACGGCGCUGGUACCACCAACGGCAACGCCAAGGACGCCGCCGACGUGCAGAAAAAAGUCGCCUUCAUAUCCCCACCACCGACACCAGGUCCGUCUGCCGACCGACAUCUCCCCGAUGCAGGCACAUCGUCCUCUGCCGCCGCCGGGCCUGUCAACGGAACAGCCGCCACUGCGGGCGGAAGCAAAUCCAACAUUGCCUCGUCGCGCUUCCAGGGCAAGGACACACGCGGGUCGACGUCCACCGCCGCGUCGUCGUCCAGGGUCGAUGUCGUCGGCCCGCCUGGCAAAGCAGGGGGCGCACCGUCUAUCAAGGCGACGUCCACGCGCGCCGCCACCUCGCCGUACCCCGCGUCGGUGCGCUCGGGCACGCCGUACUCGCAGAUGUCGAACUCGAACGCGAGCAGCCGUAUUCUCGCGGUCACGUCGUGGAGCGAGGGCGCCGAGGACGAUCUCGUGUCGAAUCUCGGCCCGCGCGAGCGGACGAGGCAGGAGGUGCUCUGGGAGAUUGUGGCGAGCGAAGAAAGAUACGUGAACGACCUGCAGAAGAUGAAGGACUCGUUCAUCGACCCGCUUCUCCACCCGUUCGCGCCGCCUGCGGUCUCGUCGACGACGCCGUACAUGGAGAUUGAAGAGUACCGGCUCGAGUCCCCGCAGCAGUCCGUCGAACAGCUCCCGAUCGCCGCGCGCUUCAUGUCCCCCACCGGCUUCCGCACAGACGGCGCCUCCUCGAGCGCCGCCGCCAACGCGCAAUCGCGAGCCACACCCGCCGGAGGAGGGGGAGGGGGAGGGGAGAAGGGCACGCUAGGCGCGCCGACGAUCCACGGCGACGGCGACUCGCUCGACUCGGACGAGGAGGACGAGACGAACGACCGGCUCGGGCACACGUACAACUCGUCCCGCUCCAAGGCCGCGUUCGCGCAGGCGGCCAAGCACAACCACCCGCGCUCGCCGUACCGCGGCGGCGCGCUCGGCGGCGGCAUGUUCGGCGGGCGCACGAGCAAGGGCCGCGAUCCGGUGCCGUUCCCGUCGCGCUCGCACCACUCGCUGCCGCCGCCGCCGCGCGGGGCGCAGGGCGCGACGGCGUCGACGACGUCGCUUGGCCGCGCGUCGAUUCAUGAGCGCGAGCGCGAGCGGGAGAGGGAGCGGAUGGACAGUGUGCCGGAGCGCAAGGCGGCGGGGACGCCGUCGAGCCGGGUGCUGCGCAAGGUGAAGCGGAGCCAGGGGCAGACGCAGGCGGAUGCGCUCGCGAACGGCGCGGUGUAUCCGCACCAGAUGCCAGAGGACUUGCGUAUCUGCCUCGAGGUCAUUGAGAGCGGGGUGCUCGAGGGGCAUGUCAAGCUCAGCGAGGGUCUGCGCAAGCGGUAUGAAGAGCAGUAUCCGCUGGUGCGCUCGCUUGCGGACGUGUUCGUUUCGAAUUCUGCUCUCUUUAAAGGCUACGCUACCUAUGUGCUUCAUCUUGAACGUGCCCUCGAGCAGGUAGACAACGCGCUCUCGACUGCAAGCGCGUCGAAGAAGCCCAAGAACCAGGACUCGGCCGACUGGCUGCGCGUAUGCAAGUACCUGCAGCGGCUCGAGGAAGGCGCGUCGGACAAGGGCGAGACCGGGCUCGCGAUCUCGCUCUCGAAGCCGUUCCAGCGGCUGCUCAAGUACCCGCUGCUGUUCCAGAACCUACUCUACCACACAGACCCGAGCACAUUCGAGUACGAGAGCACGCUGCAGAUGGUCGCCGAGGUCGAGACGAUCGUGCGCUCGAUCGAGGACGAGAAGAUCCAGAAGGAGGACCGCGACCGGACGCGGGACGUGUUCGCGCGCAUCGAGGGCCUCGACAAGGUCCGCCAGCUCGCCGUCCCGAAGCCGUCGCGCCUCCUGCUCGAGGAGCGCCCGCGCCCCGGCCUGCCCAGCUCGCGCGACGGCUCGCCGAAGAUAUCGUCGUCGGCGCCGCCGCCUGCGAUGCUCACGAACAAGAACGUCAAGGGCAAGUCGUCGUUUAGACGCCUGAGCGACGUGCUGGGCAAUAAUAACGGGAUUGGCGGGAAGAAGGACCUGUGGGAGGUCGUGUUUAAUGAUGUGAUUCUGGUGUGCCAGCGGACGGGGCAGACGUCGCUUCCGCUUGUUUCGUCGACGAACUCGAGGACGAACUCGAUGCCGGACUUGCAGGGCAAGGCCAAGUACGCGUCUCAGGGGCGGAGGACAAAUCAGGCAAAACAGAUGAGGAACCUCUACAAGUUUCUCAAGAUUGAGCAGUGGGUUAUGGAUCAGAAGCCAAAGGAAGGCGUGGUUUCAAUGGCAGACGUGGUUCGGUCCAAGAACGAAGCCCACUCCUCCAUCACCACCCAGCCUCGAAUCGUGCCGCUGCCCGACGACGACGAUGACGACGGUGACUCGGACGACUCGGACAAGAAGAGCAAGAUGAGCUUCUCAUACUGGGGCGCCGACAAGGUCACGCUCCAAAAGCCCGUUCUCAAGCCCAAGAACCCCGCGAGCGUACCGCGGCGCAGCACGCCCGGCGGCCCGUCGUACGGGCGCGAGUCCUCCGCCAACGCCAAGUUCGGCAACCGCCUCCUCUCGCCAGACCACACCGCCUCGCCACACCGCCCCGGCAGUCGGCGCACGCAGACCGCCACGCCCUCGGCGCGCUCGCGUCCUUCCGCCACCGCCACCGCGUCUGCCACCGCUGCUGCUGCUGCUGCUACCGACGACUCGCAAUCGAUGAAGGCGACCGUCUCGCGGCCGGCGUGGGACACGAGCACGCGUGCGGCGUCUAUACCCGCGAACGCGUCGACGACGACGAAGCGGCCCAGGCAGACGUCGCAGACGAGCACGAUGGCGCGCCCGGCCGUCGUCGCGAGCGCGCAGUCGCGGGAGAAGGAGGCGAAGCCGCAGGUGUCGCCCGCCGCGUCGGAGGACUCGGGCGUGGGCCUGUACCGCCAGCUUGUCGCUCAAGAUCCGUCGCUCAAUCAGUGAUCCCGGCUCGUCUACUGGUAUCCUUUCUACCUCUCUUUCUCUCUCCUUGCUACACUUACUCACCUCUCGCUCCUCCAUCUUAUAUCCCGUUCUCUUCCUAGAACUCGAUUACCCACCCUCGUAUCACUGCUCUCCUUCCUCGCCCUUUAGCCUCUUACGGACCCGUACCACCGAUACCUUAUACUCAUUUACCCGACACCCUACUGUUCUGCCCUACUACCGUUGCUCCCAUGGAACGAUACCUCUAACACUCAUUUUAAGCACGUCUCCAUUCUUCCUCUCUCCCCUCGCCCCUCUUGUUUCUUGUCUCUUCCAGCCUCCCUGUGUCCCCGCUCG